GCGGCAGAGAGGAGCGGGUGUCUGUACUCUGUCACCCCGCCCUGCUCAGGCAAGCUCUGUAGUGGUCAAAGUGAGCUAAACUUCCUUGCUCAUCCUCUCUCUCCUCUCCCUCUCAUAUAUCGAUAUGAAGUAGCAGCGGGUACCACGUUCGUCGUAGAAGAGGAGCUGGCGAGGGAGGUGAGGUGCUAGGCUCGCCUAGUCACCACCGCUCGGCGCACUUUCGUCUUCGCCUUCUCCGCCGGCUACUUCCAGGUGUUCGUUCAGUCUGCGAAGUCGUAGAGGUGGAGCUGCGGGCCGCCCAUUGUAGCGGCAAUUGAUUGAUUGCUAUCCCAUUCGGAAGCAGGAGAGUCGUUGAAGAGUCGCUGAAGUCUCUUGUGCACGCCCCGUCGCACAGAACACCGCAUUCGCUGCAAAAGCUGCGCUCUCUCUUGGACUCUUUCUCCCUGGUUGGUUGGUUGGUUGGUUCGCUUCAAGAUCUUCGUCUUCUUCAUCAUGGGUGGCGGAAAUGGGCAGAAGGCCAGGAUGGCCAGGGAGAGGAAGGCAAACCAGUCUAAUUCGAGCAAAGGUGGAUCGCAGUUAGCGAGCAAUCAAGCGGCAAUGACAAUUCAGUGCAAGGUGUGCAUGCAGACCUUCAUGUGCACGACGAGUGAGUCCAAGUGCAGAGAACAUGCCGAGGCGAGGCAUGGGAAAAUGGAGGUGUGGCAGUGUUUCCCUCAUCUGAAGAAAUGACCGAUAUAUGCUGCUGGAGAUUGGGCCCAUGAGAUGGACAAGUUUGAGUACAGGGUAAAGAACGAGUUUUGUGUGAAGUUGGGCAGAGCGAAGAUGGAGGGACGAGUCGGGAUCGCAGACGGGAGUACGUUCGGUGUUGCGCGAGGAGUGUGGGCAGCACCAGGUUGAGUGGCACUUGCAUUGCGUGUUGCCUCCCAUUAGCAGCGGCAGGUCGAAAGAAGGGGUGUGUUAGCGCGAGGUUGUGAUGGGCGAUGAGGUGGAUUGACCGUCGGGUUGAAGCUUGACGAUUGGCGGCACUCGGAUCAUGCGUUGUUGUGUAAUUGGCACAGGUGUUAGAAAGGUCGAUCUGUGCACGAGAGUUGUUGAGAAGUCUUCUGUAAUCCGAAUCGGUGAUCGUAAAAGUGAUUCAGUUUGUUUCGGUAUAGGUAGAUUGUUGCCGAUGCGGUAUGAGUCUGUGUCCAAGCUAUGAACAGAUGCAAUUAACCGUGCCCGCAUAUCGUUGAUGAUGCGGAGAAAUACGAAAUGCAGAGAAGGAAGAAGAACUUGUGAUGAGAUUAUGCCACAUGAGGAGGGAGGAGGGAGGAGGGGGAGUGGGCAUGGGGGAGGGGUGGAGAUGAGAAUAUGCGACUGGAGGAGGGAGGAGGCGGAGUGGGCAUGGGGGAGGGGUGGAAUCUUGAGUCCAUCUGAGGGGUGUGUGCUUCCUUGAUAGGCUGAUUGAUUACUAGGAAAUUGUCGGAAGAAAGGGGGUCCAGUCUCCAAAGUGCGGCCGUUGGAAGCGGUCGCCUUGUCUGUGGAGGUCGUUGAGAAGAAAGAAUCUGAGGGGAGGGGGACAAUAAACUAUGUGGUCCGUGUAGGCUGAUGGGUGUGGUGAGGAAGUUGUUUGACCAAUCAGAAGUAUAGUUGCGGUCGAGUCUUACCGUCUCUGUGAGGGUUGGAUUAACCCGAGAGAGAUACGAAGAACAAAAGGAGGGGAGAGCUGUGAGGUUGUGUGUUGCACUCCAUUGGCGCGGUGAGAUAUGGUCGAGGAUGUACAUAGAUGUUUGGCAUGUAUCUGUGCUUGGGAAGCGCUGAGGAAUGGAGAGAGCAAGAGUAGAAUAGUGAAAAAAGGCAGAGAGAGAGAGAGAGAGAGAGAGAGAAGAGUUAGUAUUGUGACACGGUGUAUUCACGAGUGUGACUUGCACUGCGUUCGCGGGAUGAUGGUGUGCAGACGUUUCUUCAUUUUUGUCACUGAGCCGAAGGAACAGCUGUUAAUACUGGAGACAGAGAAGUCGUGUUCUACGUAGGAUGGUAUGGGUGGGAGAGAUUUGGGAGGAGGCGUGAGGGGGAAAUGUGCGGAAAGCGGAUGUGUUGCAGGGGGAAAUAGACGGCGAUGUGGAGAGGGGUGCAGGACAGAAGUGUUCUCGAGUGUGGUGUGUUCUAUUCAACACAGGUGUCAAUAAGAGAUCACCCCUCUGGGCCAUCGGCUCGUGUUUAUCUCUCAUUUUGCCAUGACUCACACCAGUUCAUCCUCUUGAGCUCGUCUGGAGGGUAUCUUUCCGGUACUCAAUUCAAUUUCAUAUUUCGUGUUGCCACCAUUUUUACCAAUUUGGAAGUCUGCUCUCGUCGUCCUUUCACGUCGUACGUACCUGUUUUCUGCCCUCUUGCCCCAUGUUCACGCGUCGCCCAGAUAUGUUCUUCUCUUUGUUCUCUUUGUUCUCUUUGUUUCUUUGAUAUUUUGUUCUCUUUCCCUUUGUUUCUUUUUCAUGUUCUCUUGUUUGUUCUUUUUGUUUCUUCUCUUUGUUCUCUUUUUGAUGUUGUUCUCUCUUUGUUCUCUUUUUUUUUGUUUUCCCGUUUUUUCUUAUUUUCUUCUGGUUGAUCGCUCAAUUGCAGUUGUUCUGAGUUGUUCUCUCUUCUACUUGGGUCUCCCAUUUGCGUCUCUGCUUGAUAGUAGUGAUACCUAUUUUUCGCGUUGCUGGUAAACAGCUGGAUCCGAAGCAGAUUGUUGAGAUCAAAAGGGUACUUUUGGCUCGGACUGGAGUUUGAGUGGUUACUAUGGGCCUCGCACCACUGCCCACGAAAUGUGCAAAAAGUGAGAAUGAAUGUUCCGCUACAAC